ACUAUAAGAAGUAUUACUAUAGAUUUAGAAGGUGAACUUAAUAAAACUAAAUUAGAACAUUUCUUACAAGAUCUUUUAUGGGAGAAAAAAAUAAACAAUAAAGAAAAUAAACCAACAGAAAUAUUACGCCUUAAGGUUGUAUUAACUCUAGGUUUUACAGUACAGGGUGUAUUAACUCUAGGUUUUACAUUACAGGGUGUAUUAACUCUAGGGAUUACAUUACAGGUUGUAUUAACUCUAGGUUUUACAGUACAGGGUGUAUUAACUCUAGGUUUUACAUUACAGGGUGGCAUAUUAACUGGAGGUUUUACAUUACGGUUUGUAUUUCUUCUAAGUUUUAUAUUACAGGGUGUAUUAACUCUAGGUUUUAUAUCUGAAGGUGUAUUAUCUGUAGGUUUUACAUUAUUGGGUGUAUUACUUCUGGGUUUUACAUUACAGGGUGUAUUAACACUAGAAAAUGAAGAUAUAUGUUAUAUUGUACAAGCUGUAAAUGAAUUAUAUGAUUUUCAAACCACAUCCUGGAGAGACAAUCCUAAAAUAAAUAGAUUUGUCUUUAUAGGGAGAAAUUUAGAGAAAUCAGUUUUAGAAAAUCACCUUUAUCAAUGUAAAGUAAAAAGCUGA